AAAGUAAAAGUUCCCAACGCUUCAUAGUGCGCCACGCUGUUUUGACCCUCGUGAGUUACCAUCGGCUGCACAACACACGUGAUCCAGUCAGUUGACAGGGGCAAAACACGGCAGUAAUCAGACAGAAAGACAGGCGACAUGGACCAUCAUCGAGUGGACAGGGUGGGUCUUCUGUCCCCCCUGGAGGAGUCCAGCGCUGAGAUAAGCAGAGACAGCGGCAUUGUUUCCCAAAGUGCGAGCAGUUUGUCCAUGGUGAGCGAGAUCCUCAGCAGCGGCACCGUGUCGCAGAGCCCCAGCUUUGGCGCAGCGGCUAACGUUAUCUCUCGAAGCCCGAGCCUCAACGAAGCGGCGGAGCCCGGGACAGCCGACCAGCACUACCCCGAGCUGGACGACGACGUCCUGAGACACACCGCCCUCAGCUACUCCUCCUACAUCAGGGCGACCGCUGGAGAAGAGAUCCUGUGUUUGGAGAAGAACUUGGAAGAAAUGCUGACAAGAGUAGAUGAGUUUGUUGGAAUGCUGGAUAUGAUCCGUAAUGAUACUUCCCAGAUCGUGAAUGAAAACCUACCUCAAAUCCAGCAGAAGUCUGAUGAAAUGAGACAAAUAUACAGAAGAAUUGAUAAGUUAGAGGAGAAACUGAGAGAUGUUAUGAACAACGUAACCAGCUUAAUAUCUCCACUUCCAAAAAUGGAAGUAAAUGCAGGCCUUUGUAAAGAUGGUGGGAGCCAACGUCAACGCGAUGGAGGAGCAGGUCACGCAGGCAGAGGGAGAACUAGGGACACUACCGGGUGCUUUCAAGAAGAUCCUUCGCACAAUGAGUGUCCCAGGCUUCUUAAAUAAACCAGCCAGCCCCAGAAGACCAGCACCACAUCAGCAUCAAGAGAUCCCCAGCGUGUUCCGGACAGAUGAUUAUUUCACAUCACAGCCAGAGCAGUGACACACUAGAACAUUUAACACAUAACUUGGUUCUAACCUCAGAGGCCUGUUUGGUGAAACUGUAAAGACAACUAUUACUGCCAUCCAUUGCAGGAGGAUCUAUUGGUGCAGUGGCCUCAACAAAGCAAUAGUAGCCUUUCUGAACAAGUCCCUGGAAGUCAAGUGCGUGAAGAGUGUCAUUUUCCUGGAAGCAACAAGCACUGAACUGUAGCAAAAUGAUUUUAAAAGUGCCUAAAUGGGUCUUAUUUCUGUCAGUCUUGUACUUUUCACUAUUUGUGAAGAAAACAAUGUCAGAUGUUGGAUUUUUGACAGGUCAGGAGGACAAAGUCACCCCAGUUGCCAAUAGGACACUGUAAAGAAGGUACAAUAGUAGGAGCUGUAAAGAUCUUAAUGUAUUACAUGAAGAAUUAACCCAGCUUUUUUUAUAAAUUACAUUCCUGUUACUGGUGUUUGUAAAGACCUGCACGCUGUUAGGAAUUCAUCUGUAUUUCUUAUGUUUCAUCACUCUCUCCAAGCAAUAUUGUGAUAUCAAUAUCUCAUCCAGUUAAGCAUUUAAUGUCUUCCAUUUCAAAACAUUUACUUAAUUUUAUUGCCUCACUGAUAUGGGGCUACAUCUUUGAGGGCACCUUUUCAAUAAAAGCACACUAUAGAUGAAUUGUGUUCAUUUCUCAAGUCAGACUAUCUGAUGAAUCAGCAUUUUGACCAUGGAUGGAGCUGUGAUUGAACAAUAACUGGAGGAACCUUACGCAUCCAACGAGGCUUUACACAGCACACCGCUAUGAUUCAUUAUUUAAUUAUUUGCCAAAAUAGUUAGAAAUAAACAUGUUUUUAUUUACAGGUUGGUUUUGCUUUACGUUUUUUAAAUUUUCAUUAAAGAUUCAUUUGAGACAA